UAGAGGCCGAGCAAGCGUGGAAGGCAGCAACAGAGCUGCCGCUUGUGUCGAGCUUCCGUCUGCUUUUGCUGCGUGAGUUGGGGCGGGGGAAAAAGGGAAGAGAGUUGCGCUUCGUUACCCCCGGGGGGAACAUGGAUCCGGAUUCAGUUAUCGAGGACAAGACCAUAGAGCUCAUGUGUUCUGUGCCAAGGUCUUUGUGGCUAGGCUGCUCCAACCUGGUAGAGAGCAUGUGCGCACUGAGAUGCCUGCAGAGCAUGCCCAGUGUCAGAUGUCUCCAGAACACUUCAGUAAUGGAUGGUCUGAAUGAAGAUGAGUCUCCAAAGAAGAAUACAAUAUGGCAGAUUAGUAAUGGAACAUCAUCAGUGAUUGUACCAAGAAAACGGGCAUCUGAAGGAAACUACGAAAAAGAAAAAGACUUGUGCAUAAAGUUUUUUGACCAAUGGUCUGAAUCUGACCAAGUUGAGUUUGUGGAACACCUUAUUUCCCGGAUGUGUCACUAUCAGCACGGACAUAUAAACUCUUAUUUGAAACCCAUGUUACAACGAGACUUCAUUACAGCACUGCCAGAACAAGGAUUAGAGCACAUAGCAGAAAAUAUCCUAUCAUAUUUGGAUGCAAGAUCCCUGUGUGCAGCAGAGCUUGUGUGCAAGGAAUGGCAGAGAGUAAUUUCAGAAGGUAUGCUUUGGAAAAAGCUAAUUGAAAGAAUGGUGCGUACCGAUCCUUUGUGGAAGGGACUUUCCGAAAGAAGGGGAUGGGAUCAAUAUCUAUUUAAAAACAGACCCACAGAUGGCCCACCAAACUCUUUUUACCGAUCAUUGUAUCCAAAGAUUAUUGAAGAUAUAGAGACCAUCGAAGCAAACUGGAGAUGUGGAAGGCAUAACUUACAACGAAUUCAGUGCCGGUCUGAAAACAGCAAAGGAGUCUACUGUUUACAGUAUGAUGAUGAGAAGAUAAUUAGUGGCCUACGGGAUAACUCAAUCAAAAUUUGGGAUAAAACAAGCUUAGAGUGCCUAAAAAUUCUCACUGGACAUACCGGCUCAGUUUUGUGUUUGCAGUAUGAUGAGCGAGUGAUUGUUACUGGGUCUUCAGACUCCACUGUAAGAGUAUGGGAUGUGAACAGCGGGGAAGUGCUGAACACGCUGAUUCAUCAUAAUGAAGCAGUGCUUCAUCUUCGGUUCUGCAAUGGUCUAAUGGUAACCUGUUCCAAGGAUCGAUCAAUCGCAGUUUGGGAUAUGGCAUCCCCCACUGAUAUCACCCUGCGUCGCGUCUUAGUUGGUCACCGUGCCGCAGUAAAUGUGGUUGAUUUUGAUGAUAAAUAUAUUGUAUCAGCUUCUGGAGAUCGAACAAUCAAAGUAUGGAGCACUAGUACUUGUGAAUUUGUUCGUACACUAAAUGGGCAUAAGCGCGGCAUCGCUUGUCUCCAGUACCGGGACCGAUUAGUAGUGAGUGGUUCUUCAGAUAAUACCAUAAGGUUAUGGGAUAUUGAAUGUGGAGCCUGUUUACGAGUUUUAGAGGGGCAUGAAGAACUUGUGCGCUGUAUACGAUUUGACAACAAGAGGAUUGUCAGUGGAGCUUAUGAUGGAAAAAUUAAAGUUUGGGACCUUCAAGCUGCCUUGGAUCCUCGAGCUCCUGCAAGCACUUUAUGUUUGCGAACUUUAGUGGAACAUUCAGGACGUGUUUUUCGUCUUCAGUUUGAUGAAUUUCAAAUCAUUAGCAGUUCCCAUGACGACACCAUUCUGAUCUGGGAUUUUUUGAAUGUUCCACCUAGUGCACCAAAUGAAACCCGUUCUCCUUCACGAACAUAUACAUACAUCUCCAGAUAGCAUCAUGCACUUUAUUGCCCUUAUCAGGGCUUAACUCUCUUGAACUACUGGAUAUGUGGAUUCUGAAAGAAGUUUGUUCGCAACUAACUGUUGGAACUGGUUAACAAUGCCAUGUAGAUGCAAAGCAGAACGUUUUAAUCCAUAACUGUUCUAUUUUUUCGUCUAUCUCUUGGCUGCCUUGAUGGCAUUUACAACUGUUUAUCUUGAAGACGAAACUAGAAAUUCUGUAUAGUCACUGCAUUGAAAAAUCCAAAGCUUAUAAUGUAAAUUGUGCAUAGAAAAAACUGAACAUUUUUUUUCCGGAUGUAAUGUCAAGAAAAGGACUUGACUUCUGAUAUUGCUUUGCACUUCGUCUGUGACUUUCAAGAUAAACAUUCUCCAGUGAUGUUUGGGUGCCAAACACAUAUCCUAUUGUACAGUGUGUUUUGCUUUGUUGCUUCACCUAUAAGACAAUAUAGUAAAUGCCUUUUUGUUUAGUAAAUGUGUAUGUAUGGUAAAAAACAAAAAACAAACAAAAAUUAAUUCACCUGUACACGAAAACAUCCUCUGUUCAAUGAUUGCUUCUAAUUGCAGAUAUUUGUUUAAACGUGUAGUAACCUUGUAAAUUUUCUUUUUUUCAUAAUAUGUAGAGGUGGUGUCUCAUAAUCAGUGUAAACAAUUUUGGCAUAAGUAUAUGAUUCGAAUGCAAUGCACAACCUAAUAACCAUUCUGUGCUAAGAGGGAGGACCCUCCAAAUAUAAAUUAAUUGCAGGACUUCCUUGCCAAUAACACAAAGGGUUACAAUCUUAAAAAAAAAAAAAGAUAAAAUGUCCUUUUUGGAUAAACGAGGGGCGUACAGUAUUCCAUUGUAAUUUUAAAGAGAAAAUACAGGUUUUAACUGUAAUUUCCAAACUUUUUAAAUACUAAAAUGUUUAAUUUAUGUCUUCUACCUAAUAUGUGCCACAGUAUUUGUAGUAAAUCUUUUUUUUUUUUUUUUUUUCCCCCCUUAUUUAUUUAUGUGAUUACACUUGUGGUGGGUUGAGGUACCUCUGAGUUAGACUGCUGCUUCGAUUACACUCUGAACUUACUAAAACUUUCUGUGGUAUCAUACAUUUAAAAAGUAAACUGAUAAUCUAGAUCUCUGCAGCUUGAAAUACUUUUACUGAAAGAUUAAGUCACUUGGAUGUGGCAGAAGUAUUACACUAUUCCCUUAAUAUGUAAAUUCCUCAUUAAAAACCAAAAUCUUUUUUGGUUACCCUGUAGCCUUUGCAGAAUGAGAAUGCACUAGAGUGUAAUGGAACAAUAUUUGUACAGUAUGAUCACAGUGGUUCGAAGAAUGUAUAUAAGCACAAAUAUGUAAAAUGAAAUAUCCGAUCUGUUAAGCUUUUUUUGUUCAGGUAUGUGAAGUGUGAAAGUGCUUUGCUCAUUUAAUGUGUAACUCUGGGUUAAUUAGCUUUUGCGUGAAGUCACCCACCAAAGUAAAUUAAAAAAGCACAUUUAAAGAGUAACCAAUAACUUAUAUACCCAUCAUCCUUAAUCCCACAGACAUUUGAAUUCUUUGUUUUUCUUUAACACUAUUUCAUGGUUUCCCUUGUGGGAGGAAAUGGCUUGGUGUAUGUUUUUUAAAAAAAAACAAACAAAACAACAACUCAUGUAUUUAAGAAAGAUUAAAAUGCGUUUGUUAAAGGUGCUUAUUUCUAUUUACUCCAAAUAGAUAUAAAAUGUGUAAAUUUAAUAAAAUAUUCCCCUAUCUGUUGUUACAAAUGUGGUGUUCCUAAUAAAAUGUGUUAUUUUAUCCAUGGCUGAGAGCAAAAUACAUGUGUUUCCUUGGGACAUGGUAUUUGAUCCUAGUCUAAAUUUUGUGAAUGUGUUCCGAAUGACCUCCAGGUGAACUUUGGUACCCAAGAAAUUCCCAAGAUUCUUAAACCCAUUCUGAGUUCUGUACAGCACAUGUACAUUAAAGCUCUAUAAUGAUUUUAAUUACUGGGGUAUUCUAAGUGGCUCCUUUAAUUAUGUAUGCUGGCUAUCUAAGCAUUUCUGUAUGAACAGCUAAGUGAAACUGUACAGAUAUUGUUUAUGAUGAAGCUUUGUACUGUGGAAUGUGCUUAAUAAAAAAAAUGGCUAAAUCAC